AUGUUAAAUAAAUUUUGCUUCGAAGCGCUCGACAAGUACCUUAAGGAUGUUCUUCGUUUUGAUCGUGGAUAUAAUCCCGAUGCUCCAUUUGGUGGGAAAAUUGUUGUUCUGGGAGGUGAUUUCCGUCAGAUAUUUCCUGUGAUUCCUCGUAGUUCCCGGGAAGAGAUCGUUCAUUCGUGUAUUAAUGCUUCGAACCUGUGGCAAUCUUGCCAAGUGUUGCAGUUAACUGAAAACAUGAGGCUGUGCUGUGGUUCACGAGAUAUCCACGGUGUACAAUUAGAGGAAUUUGCUACAUGGCUGCUUCAAAUUGGUGACAGGUUAAUCGGAGACAGCACCGAUGGCGAAUCAGUAAUUAGAAUACCCGACAACUUGCUGGUGAAUAUUGAGUAUCCAUGUCUGCAUGAUUUGGUGUUGUUUGUUUAUUCUGACAUUUUACUCCAUUCUUCUAGCGUGGAUUAUUUUAAGGGUAGGAGUAUAUUAGCACCAACACUUGAUGUUGUAACUGAAGUAAACAAUCACGUGAUGUCUUUGAUCCCUGGCAACGAGAGGGUUUACUUGAGCUCUGAUACACUGAUUAAUGAAGAUGGUCACCUGGAAUCUGAAUUAUACACAAUGAGCACCGAGUCAUUGAAUGCGCUGAAUUGUUCAGGAAUUCCCCAACACCGGUUAGUUCUUAAAAUCGGUGUUCCUGUGAUGCUUCUUCGCAAUAUUGACCAAUCCAAUGGACUCGCGAAUGCAGGUUGUAAUACUGGUGAGAUUGUCUUUAUUCCCAGGAUGAACAUGUCACCUAAUAAUGAUACAUUACCGAUCAGGUUUACUCGACGCCAGUUUCCGGUUGCGCUUUGCUUUGCGAUGACCAUAAACAAGUCCCAAGGUCAAACGCUGUCAACCGUUGGCGUGUAUCUUCCGAGGCCUGUUUUUACUCAUGGUCAGCUUUAUGUUGCGCUCUCUCGGGUCAGCAUUCAUUCUGGACUGAAGAUAUUAUCUGUUGGUUCUAAUGGCAAAGUUUCAGAUCAUACUAUUAAUGUUGUCUAUAGAAAAGUUUUUACUGGCUUGCUACGUAACAUUCUGCCUUGA